CUCAUCAAGAAAAGUUUGAAAUAUUAUUUAAAUAUAGAGGUAGAAAUCAAAAAAAAAAAUUUAAAGGUGGUUUAGUUGGAGAUCCGGUAAUAGGAUUUCCAUCAUUAACUCAUGAAUGUUAUAAGAUAUCAUUUGAAGAUAUAAAAGGAAAAACUAAAUAUAUUAUAUUUUCAAAUACUAAAAAAGGAUUGAUAUCAAUGAUUUUAAAAUUACUUAUAAAACAAAGAAAACAAGCAAAAAAAGAUCAUAGUAAAUAUGAUAAAUCAAAUAAAGUAUAUAUUAAUGAAUUAACUGAGAGUCAUAUAAAUCAAGAAGAUUCUGAAAAUUUA